UUUGUAUAUCUUCCACUAUCUAUUGAUAUGAAUUAUAAAAUAAGAAAGAUUACUUAGUAUACUUUAGUGUUUGGUGUACAGCGAAGGUAAACAUGAACGCGAUUGUAAUUGUAAUAACACUUGUUUAUAUCGCCUGCUGUCAGAUAGAAGUAACGGAAUCAUUCAAUCACACAAUAUUUGCCUAUCCAGAAAACGCUAUUAAAAAAUCAACAUUACGAAUCAUCGGAGGAGACAAUGUGACACCGAACUCAUAUCCAUUCCAAGCAGCCCUUUUUAUAUAUUAUAAAUCAAAAACUAACCUUUGUGGUGGAAGUUUAAUAGAUAAGGAAUGGAUUUUGACAGCUGCUCACUGUGUAGAUAAUGAUCCUGUUAGGAUAGUUGUAAAAUUGGGACUCCAUGACGUAUAUGCCACUCAAGAAUCUACAGUACAAAUUUAUGAAGCUAAAAGUUACUAUAAGCAUUCGAAAUGGAACGAAAAGACACUACAAAAUGACAUAGCUUUAAUUAAAUUACCUAGAAAUGCAACGUUAAAUAACUACGUCAAUUUGAUAAAAAUCGGGGACAAUAUUGAUUAUGCUGGGCGUGUUGCUACAGUGUUGGGAUGGGGAAGCACAGAGGAUGGUCAAAUAUCUAAGUAUCUAAAGAAAGUAGAUGUGGACGUUAUGACUAACCAAGCGUGCAAAGCAGUUCGCAAAGAAUUUAAUGAGAUAAUAGUCUCUACUCAUCUUUGUACAUCCGGACAGGGUAUUAGAGGAAGUUGCAGCGGUGAUUCUGGUGGACCUCUUAUAGUAGAUGGAGUUCAAAUAGGUUUAGUUUCAUUUGGACCCGAGAAUUGCAUGCGUGGGUUUCCUUCUGUUUUUACCAGAGUUCCAAAAUUCGCCUCAUGGAUAACAUCUACAAAACGCAAUAGUGGAACUAGCCUAAAUGUGAAUAGUUUUGUUAUAUGUAUAGUUAGUUUGAUGUUUUUUAUUAAUAUUAGCAAAUAAAGAUAUUUAUAUGA